AUGACAGUGCAAAAUGCUCCCGGCUGGACCACUCAGCCUAAUCCAUACCCUCAAGCUCGCCGUGACGAUCAGGCUUCCUUGACGUACAAGUCGGCCGCCAACGGUUCUGUCACCGUCCCCGAGCCAUACAUCUGGCUCGAGCAGCCUCCCUCGCAGUCGCAAGAGACCAAGGACUGGGUUCAUGCACAGGCAAAGCUCACCCAGAGCUACCUAGACGGCUGUCAGCCUGAUCUCGACAUCCUCAAGUCUCGCAUAGAAAAGAAUUUUGACUUUGCUCGCUUCUCCUGCCCUUCUCUCAAGGGCAAUGGCAAAUACUACUAUAGCUUCAACUCGGGUCUCUCGCCGCAGUCCCUCAUUUACUCGGCCACUAAACAGCAAGUUGACGCAAAUGCAGGCAAAAAUCAACGCGACCCCAUCGGCGAAAUCUUCUUUGACUCGAAUCUACUCAGUGCUGAUGGCACUGUAGCGCUCAGCUUCACCACUUUUUCGCACUCGGGCAAAUACCUUGCCUACGGCAUCAGCAAGAGCGGAAGUGACUGGGUCGAGAUUUUCAUAAGGGAGACAUCCAAGCCAUUCAAGCUCGACGAUGCUCACUACAACUCCAACGGCACCAUCAAGCUCUCCAAGGACGAGCUGGCCAAAUUCGUCGAUGCGACGGGAGGCAAGGAGCGUCUCAAUGACAGGCUAGAACACGUCAAGUUCUCAGGAGCUGCCUUUACGCAUGACGAUAAAGGUCUCUUUUACCAGACGUACCCCUCCGCCUCAGUAUCGGACAAGGGUACAGAAACCGAUGCCAACAAGGACGCCCAGCUCUGGUACCACCGUAUCGGCACUGACCAGUCGGAAGACGUGUUGGUGGUCAGCAAGGAUAUCAAGGUGCCCGAGUCCAUGUGGAGCACCAACGUUUCGCACGACGGCAAUUUUCUCAUGCUCUACAACAGCAAGGAUACCGACUCCAAGGAGCGUGUCUACGUGUUGCCAUUGCAGGACCACGGCUUCUCUGCUUCGAAACAACUCAAAUGGAUACCGCUGGCGCUCUCGUUCAAGUAUGUGCUCAACUACGUGACCAACAAGGGCAACCGCUUUUACUUUAUGACCAACAAGGAUGCGCCCAACUACCGGCUCGUCUCCGUGGACCUGGAUCCAGCCAAGCAAGCGCAGCCGACUGACAACGUGUGGGAGCUCACCGGACAAGACGUCGAGCUGACCGACGUGAUCGCCGAGGAAAAAGAAGCGCUGCUGUCGUCGGUGCAAGUGAUCGACAACAACAAGCUGCUCGUCGUCUACUCGCGCGAUGUCAAGGACGAGCUGUACCAGUAUGAGCUCGAGUCGGGCAAGCGCGUCGAGAGGUUGCUACCGCAUCUGGUGGGUACAAUCGAGCAAAUUGCUGCGCGACACACGGAUGAUCAUGCAUUUGUCAAGUUUGGCUCGUUUGUCAACCCGGGUCAAGUAGUGCGUUUGGACUGGCAGACCAACUCGGAGCCAAAUGCAACCAAAGUGAAGAAGGUCGCAUACUACGAUACGCAAGUCGACGGCAUCAAGGCAGACGACUUUGUGUCGGAGCAAGUGUUUAUCAAGUCCAAAGACGGUACGCGCGUGCCCAUGUUUGUGACCCACCCCAAGACAGUUACGAAGGACGGAAGCGCUCCGGCGAUCCUGUACUUCUACGGAGGCUUCAACAUCUCAAUCACGCCCGUGUUUUCGCCAUCCAUGAUGUCGUGGAUCUCGUCAUACAACGGUGUGUUGGCGUUUGUCAACUGUCGCGGCGGUGGCGAGUACGGUGACAAGUGGCACGAAGCUGGGACACUGCUGAACAAGCAGAAUGUCUUUGACGAUGCGUUGUCUGCCGCCAAGUUUCUGCACGAGAGCGGAUACGCGGCCAAGGGAAAGAUCAUUCUGUCUGGCGGAUCUAACGGUGGACUCGGUGUGGCAGCUUGCAUCAACCAGCAGCUGCCCGAACACGGUAUUGGCGCCGGCAUCGCUGAUGUCGGUGUGAUGGAUAUGCUCAAAUUUCACACAUGGACCAUCGGCAAAGCUUGGACUGCCGACUACGGUAACCCGUCCGAAGACCCGCACAUCUUCGACUACGUCUACAAGUACUCGCCACUACACAACGUCGAUUCCAACAAGGUGUAUCCCACCACGGUACUCGCAUGUGCCGACCACGAUGACAGAGUCGUCCCCGCGCAUUCGUUCAAGUUGAUCGCCGAAAUGCAGCACAAGCUCGCCACAAACCCGAAUCCAUUGCUGCUCAGAGUCGAGAUCGAUGCCGGUCACGGUGCCGGAAAGAGCACGCAAAAGAGGAUCCAGGAGGCUGCCGAAAAGUAUGCCAUCGUCGGCAGAGCGUUGCGUCUCAAGAUCACCGACGACGCCGCCAGUAGGCUCUAG